CGUAAAUAAUUCUUUAAUGUGAUUUAACAAGUGAAAAGUGAUUUACAACUUUCAAUGAGUGUUGUCUUCAUAAAAAUUUUACCUGUUUUUGACUUCUCCAAAUAUCCUCAUGGAUUAUGCCGGUACAAACACGUGCAUGGAUUUACCACAUACCAUUCAAGUUGAAAUGACCACGUGUUAACGUUCAGUGAAAAUACGCCUUUAUGAAUCUUCUUGUUGUAAUGAGAAUGUGAAACUCGUGCUCUCGACAUAACCUCGCUUCUUCAAAACUACUAAGAUCACAAUUACUUGUUCGGACAGAAAAUAUUUGAAUAUUACUCUAUGACAAGUGACAAUACCUCUGAAAUGUUGGUGCAAUUAUUACCAGAGAAGUAAAUUUUACUUUUUCAAAUUACCUGCAAGACUAUUUUUUUCUAUAAUAUUUCUAGAAAAACAUUGACCUUAUAUUAAUGAAUGUUUUUGAAAAAUUUUCGUUAAAGUUUACAUAAAAUUGAACAUUAUUAAUAAUGAUUAGUAAUAUAAGAUUAAUUGCAAAGUGUUGGAAUACAUCGAAUCACCUGCGUGCAUGUACUCCACUGACUAUUGCACACAUACAGAAAUAUAGUGAAGGAUUUAAUAGACAACCAAUAAAAAUAAAUCAUGAAGAGGAAAUUUUGGAGCACGUUCAGGAAGCUGAAGGUCCCCAUGAUUAUCUUGACGUAAUGAAACCAUUGAAGAGGAAACCUUUAACUGUAAGGCCAAAAAGAAAACAAAAAGAAAAAAUCAAAAAAGAAAAACUAAUAGUUAAAGAAAACGAUCUUCGACUGAAAAAUGAUGGAAAACUGAACUUUACUGAGCUCAAGGAAAACGAUCCGAUAUUAGCAAAUUUGAUGUUGUCAGUGAGAUCAAAAAAAACUCGUGAUAAGAACAGCAGAAUUAUUCUGGAAGGUUUUCGACUUAUUGCAGACGCUAUUGAUGCAGGUUUACAGCCAGAGAUAAUUGUAUUUAGUAGGAUUGAAGAUGCAAUGUCGUUACCAUUACCGGAGCGUGGUAUCAAAUUUUUCAAGACACCUUAUAGAGUAAUACAGACUUGGUCGACAUUAACUACAUCUCCAGGACUCAUGGGCUUUUUCAAAAUGCCAGAUCCAGAAUCACGACAACCACCACCUGACGCUUUGCCUCUCACAAUUAUUUGUGAUAAUGUUCGUGAUCCAGGAAACAUGGGCUCAAUUCUUAGAGCUUGCGCAGCAGUAGGAUGUAAAAGAUUGAUAACCAUAAAAGGUUGUGUGGAUAUUUGGGAUUCAAAAGUACUCAAAACUGCAGCGGGUGCACAUUUUCGAAUGUCAAUUUCUCCUUCGAAAAUGUGGGAUGAAGUAAUUGGCGAAUUGAUCGAUCCAUUUGCGAGCUAUUUUAUAGCAGACAAUAGUGUAUUGACUAAAUUCCCCAAAGAAGAUGAAUCCAAAAUUAUGCAUCAAUCAGAGGAAAAAGAAAAAGCAGUUAAAACUCAUGCUGAUUUACCUGAAAAAUCUGUUCAAGAAGCUCGUAAAGAUUUUGAUGAAGAAAUUAAUCAAGAAUCUGAUUCAGAAGACGAUGAAGAGUUUGAUGUCGAAAAAAUUGAUGCCGAGACAAAUGCUGAAGGAAAUUCUGGUGAUCCAGUUGAAGCAGAGAAAGUCCUAGAAAAAACUUUAGAAAAUGAAAGUCCAAAAAUAACAAAAACCGCGACACAGCGUCUACAGGAAGCUAAAUUACUUCAAAGGCUUACUAAAUUUAUUCCUAUUGUGCCCUAUUAUGGAGCAGAUUAUACAUCUGAGGAAACUGUUCUCAUUGUUGGAGGUGAAACAGAAGGAAUUAGUUUUGAAGCUUUAGACUUAGUUCACAAAAAACUUGGUAUUCGUGUUAAUAUACCAAUGACUAAUGGUGUUGAAAGUUUAAACACUAGCAUGGCGUUAGGUAUAAUUGCAUUUGAAGUAAGAAGGCAGCAUGCUACUAAACGAGCACAAGAAACGAAAAAAGUACAGAAAUAAUUUUAAAAAAAAACUUUUUUUUCAAGAAAUAUCAUUUAUUGUUGACUAUAACAAUAUUCAUGUCAUUAUCAUCUUCUGUUGAAUUAAACUGUUUGUAAUAAUUGGCCCUAGUUCAAAAAUCUUUAUUAUUAGCUUCCAAGUAGGAAGUUAUUGUUUAUUAAGAAAAUCAGUA